AUGGCGAGAAAGAAGCAAACUCGUAGGGCGGCAAAAAAUAAACAUUUCCAGGCGAAAAAAGCAGCAGAUAAAGACGAGAACAAGGCAGAGGCUAAAGAUAGUAAAGAGGAUGUCAAUUCAGAGGUUUCUGUGGGCGAAAUUGCUACCGUUUCUUCACAAAAUAGCGAAACAGCAGCGGCAGCUGGCCACGUGGAAAAUGAGACGGGACCCGAUUUGAAACGCAAACGGGAAGCGGGUUCUGAUGUUGACUCGAACGAUGAAGACAGCAAGAAGAUAAAAGGCAAAGAAGAAAAGCGAGUUUGUAAUGAAAUCUCCAUAAGGAUUGAAAGAUGGUAAAACCUAUUUUGUUAAGUUGAAAUAAGGUUAUAACUGGGUCAUUCCUGAAAAUAUCCAUACCUCGCCCACGGAGGAAAUUGGAAGUUAAUCCCCCUACCCCGUUCGGAUAUCCUAAUGCCCUUACUAUUAUCAAAAACAAGCAAGUUUUUCUCCUUCCCUUUCGGGACAGCAGAAAUUUCUUCUAUUUGGGGAGUGUGGAUCUUUUCUGGAACAACCCAAUAUUGAUGAAGGGCCCAAUAAAUCUUGGUGGGGCGGGGGGUGGGCACCUUAACAGAAAAUUGAUGAAUUUUCGGAAAUUUUUACCUAAAAGAGGGAUAAAAACGGUCUUUUCGAGUGCAAAUGGGUGGGUGGGGGGGUUGUUGGAAAUUUGAAAGUUUUUUGUCGGAAAUUUAGGAGGCUUUGUCUCCCACCGGAAAAAGUGAAUUUCCGCCACUGGGCCUAACAUGCGUUUUGUUUUUUCAGUAAUUCCUGACAGGUGUAUAAAAGGAAUGCUGAUCAGCUUUGCGAAGAGCUGAAGGAAGCGUUUCCCGACAUCCAGGUUGAAGUAAAUCCACAGAAACCAAGGUCUAAAAGUUUUGAAGUGAUGCUAUCUAAGGACGAUGGCACAGGUAUAAUUCACUAACAUAACUAAACAGCUCUAUGCCUUGUAGGGGUAUCUUAUGAGUAGGGUACAAGGGAUGUUUUGCCCCCCCCCCCUCUCCUUGCAGACUACAGCAAUCCCAGGAUUCGUGGUUGUAGCCCAGUGGUACAACCCCUGUAAAAUUGUCACCUCUCUUUGCCAGAUAAGCCUGCAUUUGCCUUUUUAAUUGGCGGCUGUACUGAGCAGUACCAUGCAGCUGCUGGUGGUUAAUUAGCAUUUGUUAAUAUCUAAGAUUGUGGGUUGGAUUCUCACAGUGGACUUGCUCAUGACACUUUUGUGGAAAGAGACGGUCAACACUAUACCGACUGUUGUGGAUUUUCUCCGGGUACUCAAGGGGAAACCCUUUUGGGGUUGGGAUUAGCCCCUAUCUGCCCCUGUCCAGCAUAGUUAGGUAGCUGUGCUCCGAGAUCAGACAUGAGUCAUAAGGGAGCUAGCUGCCAGAGGCGCCUUUGGAAGAUAUUCAACUCGAUCAGGUUGAGCUGCGUCGCAUUUCAGCUUAGGUUUCAUCUGCAAGUAAGGAUUUCGUUACACAAAAAAUUUAUAUUCUCAUGAACAUGUUCGCAGAGUUUGCAUUUUGCUUUAUAAUUAAACUUAAAAAUUCAAGGUACUUUUAUAUAAUUAUAAAGAGUCAAUUUCUCUAUUUAACCGAACAUUUUUAAUUAGUCAGUUCUGUGCACGGCUUGACUGCCAAGCUUUCGCAAGGUCUCAACUUGCUGGACGCGGAUAUACUCUAACAGGCUAACAACAGCAACAAUGAAAUUCUCAAUCGUACCACGAAGAAGGCGGUGUAGCUCAGAAAACAACGCCUGUAGGACCUGAUAUUAAAAAUAAGACUUUUGCCGGCGAAGCCAGUUGGCAGAACGGCUUGGCUGUCAACAACAAGCUUUCGAAUACAUGACUAGUUUGGCUGUUCUUUCAGCGUCGUGUGUCCAAAAUUCGUCCAAGAUUUUGAUAAAGCCCUUUCAAAAUACUGUUUGUUUGUUUCUGCCAUAAAGCAUAAAAGAAAAGAAAUUCGAAGAAGUCGAUAAUGGAAUGUGUUACGUGCGUUUGACCUUUAUAUUAUUAAUUGUCGCCUUUGACCGAGCUAUUUUUAAAACUGUUGUUUAUGUAAACUUGCAACCAAUCAAAAUCCUUCAUGAUGCUGAUCAACCAAUCAGAUUUCCCGUCCACCAGGUGGACGGGAAUCCCGCAGUUUAGAUAGGUUUUGUGUCAGGCCCUAUUCUGUAAUAGGGCCUGAACUUCAGGUUAAGGGGUGGGGUGAUUAGCACCCCACCCACUUACUUCCACUUAAUAGCAAUGAUAAAGGUCCGGUAAUUAUAUUGUACCAAGUGAAAACUUGCACUCUCUAGGAGGAAAUUUCUGAAAUAGUUUUUUGAAUCUGCAGAGAUUAUGCUUUGGAGUGGAAUUAAGAAAGGUCCUCCUCGAAAAUUAAAGUUUCCAGAAAGCCAAAGCAUUGUUUCUGGCAUCCAAGAACAACUCGAUAUGUAA